AUGCAGAUCGAGAUCGAUAUCCCUGGCGCGGGUUGUCUGAAAGACAAACGCCGGGUUAUUCGUUCGGUCAAGGACGCGUGUCAUCGUCACCACAUGGUCAGUGUCGCGGAAGUCUCGGCACUUGAUGUUUGGAAUCGUUCGGUGCUUGGUGUGUCGAUCGUCUCGAACUCGGGGAUGAUCGCGGCACAGACACUGGAUCGUGUUCUCGAACGCAUCCGCAGUGGGUAUGACUGCGAAAUCAUCGACACGCAUCGUGAGUUUGUGCGGAUGGAAGAUCUUGCUGGAAGUCCUGCGAUUGAUUCUGAGCAGAUUGAUCGUGAGAUGCUUGCUCACGCGGAGGGAUUCAACGAUCCUCGCAUUCGUGGCUUGAUCACAAUCACGAAGGUUGAGAUCACUGACGAUCUCAAGCACGCGAAAGCGUUUGUAAGCGUGAUGCCUGAGGACAAGGCGGAUCUGACGAUGCACGGGCUCAAGGCGGCGAUGGGACGGAUCCGCAAGGAUGUGAUGGAGCGGAUUCAUCUCAAAGAGAUGCCAACCCUCAAGCUAGAGUACGACCACGGGAUGAAGGAACAGCAGAUGAUUUCCGAGCUCUUGGCAUCCGAUCCGUUCCGCAAAGAUGACGGAGAUGUACAGAGCGAAACGGGUGGGACCUUGAGUUCACGCGAUGAAUGGGCUGAAUCGGUCGAUGCGUGCUCGCUGUGUCCGAUGCCGGAGUGGUGUGACGAUCGCUUGCUCCAUGAGUUGGUAUUCUCGAUGUUGCUCUGGGAAUCGACGAUGGACAACGCAGUCCGCGCGAUGCAGAAAGUCCACGAACAGUUUGUCGAUUACAACGAGCUCCGUGUUGCUUUUCCAAGUGAGAUCGAAUCAUUGCUCGGCACACGCUAUCAGCGCGGCGAGGAUCGUUCGCAGAGAUUGCAUAUUGCGUUGUCGCUGAUCUUUGAGAAGAAUCAAUGUUUAACACUUAAGCCGCUGCUUGAGAUGAAUAAGCGGGACGCUCGAGAGUUUCUAGAGUCGUUGGAAGUGUUGCCGCGAUUUGUUGUCUCGCGUGUUUUGCUGCUUGGACUCGACGCUCAUGCACUCCCACUGGAUGCGAAGAUCGCGCGUGCGCUCCACAAGGCGAAGUUAAUUCAGAGCUCGAAGAAUCCCGAUACCAUCGCGGUAUCGAUGGAACGCGUCAUCCGCGCCAAUCAGACGCUCGAGACCUAUACGCGUCUGGAACGCUGGUUGAUUUCCUUUGAGAACGGCAAAGUACAGAACGGGUAUUCGUUUGCUGCAGACUAUGAUGCGGGCGAUCCAUCCGCGGCACUUGAAUCCAUCGCGGAGCGUGAGGCGCGGAAGCCCUCUGAAUCAGCACGCGAGCUCGUGAAUCGGCUCAUGGAUGGUCGGCUUGUGGAGAUCCGCAAUGGGACUCCUGAAUACACCAAGGCGCAUCGUUCGAUUGAAGAUGUAAUUCGCGUUGCGCUUGAAGGGGUGGAAGAGAUCGAGCGAGCAGAACUGCCUUUGAUCCCGCAGCUUGCGAAGGGAUAUGUGCGAGCGCGAGCAGCACUCGCAAACGAGGAUUACGAAACGGCGGCGGGGAUGUUCAAUGAACUCCACCAAGCAUCGCCUCAAACCACAGAGUUCUUGGUGGGACUGGGCGAUGCGUUUCUUCGUGCAGGCGAUCGGCUGCAAGCGUCGGAGGCGUAUCUGCGAGCCGUGGAUUUAGGGGAGCGUGAGACGCGUGUGCUUGUCUACGGCGCGAUGGGGAUCGUGGAUGAUUCGGAUCGCGUGAUCGAACUGACCUCGAUGGUCUGGAGCGAUGAGAAUACGAGCGAUUACGCGGGGCGAUUGCUCGCGGGAGUCUUGCUUGGCCAAACGCUCAUCGAGACUGGAUCCUACGACGCUGGCGCGGAGGUCAUGGGGUCGGCUCUUGGGAUGCUCAACGCGCAGGUCGCGCGUGAUCCGAUCUAUCGGCGUGAGCUUGUGCAGUUAUACACCAAGCGUGCGGAGCGGUUCGCAUCCAUGGGUGAUGCGUGGAUGCUCCUCGGAGACGGUGAGCGUGCGGUGCAGGCGUAUGAGAUUUCUCGAUCGCUCGUAGGGAUCGAACCACGCGAGCUGAUGUUCCGGCGCGUCGGCGCGGAUCUUCUGUCUGGACAGAGCGCUCGUGCAGCAGCGACGCUGCUUGACUGGAUUGAUGCUCAUCCCGGUAAUGAUCGAGUAGAGCUUCAACAAAGAGUUGCGAUUGUUGCUGAGCACCCGGUGAUCGGGAAGUUGAUUGUUGAAGCGGUUGCUCAACGCGUGUGGGACGAUUCACGACCGGUCUCUCAUCGAGUCGGUUUGCUCGGGAUGCUGUUGUCCAUGAGUAGUGAUGUACAGCAGGGUGCGGAACUGUUGGGUUCCGUUGACCCUUCUGUUGUUUCACCUGUCUCUGCGGCUCGCGUUCUCAGUGCGUUUGAAGAUCGGGCUGAUAGGAUUGAUGCCGCUCAUUCGAUCAUUGAGAGUUCCUCUGGAUCGGCACACAUCAUCAUCCCUGCGUUAAUACGAAUCGAUGGGGAUGCGUAUGAGUUGCACCAAUCGAUUGUUGGCGAUGGGAAUACAUCGUCGCUGAUGCGUCGGAUGAUUCGAUUGGAACUUCAUCGUCCCGAUCUUGCGACUGAUAGCGAUCUUGCUCAGAUUCAGUUGGAUUCAGCUGAGAUCGAUGACACGAUUCAACUGAUCGCGAUCGCGCGCGAAGCCGCGAUCGCGGAUUGGUGGGAUGUUGCGGAGGCUUGCUUCAAGAGUUGUGCCGAGCGGGCAUCGAGUAUGGGUGAUGCGCAGUGGUUCUUCUUUCUGGAUUCACUGGCUGCUUCAAAUCAGUUGGAGCUCGCGUUUGAGCUCUCACGAGAGCGUGCGGCAUUGAAUGCCGAUUCGAGUUCCGAUUGGAUUGCGCAUGCACGAAUGGCGCAGCGAUUGCAGCGUGAGGAUGCGAUGAUCGAAGCGCUUGAGCGUGCGAUUGAUCUGGAUCCGUACAACGAGGGCGUGUAUGAGCAGUUGAUCUCGCUGCGAGGACCGACUGGUGCUGCUCCGGACACUGAUGCACUGCGAACGGUCACGCGUUCGCUUGGGCAGCGACUCCCUGAAUCGGCGCUGGUUCAACUGAUCAGGGCGCAUGAGCUCGCUGGCGCUGGCGCCAGUGGUGAGCAAGAUGGACGAGCCGCGGCGUUGAUCAAUCAGAGCGAGCGUCUGCUUCUGCAAGUUCAUGAGCAGCAUCCAUGGAGAGAGAUCGGGAUCGAUCUGCUGCUAAGCAUCUGGGCAACACAAGCAUCGAGGGGAGAUGAUUCGGCACUUUCUCGUGGAUUGGGUUGGCUGGACUUUCAACUUGGGAUGAUGCCUGGUUCGGUUGAUCUAUCCGGAGCACUGGCGCGGUUAUUGGUACUGCGCGGUGAUGAGAUUGGGGCGGAAGGAUUCCUCGAUGAACUGCAUCAGCGGAUCCCAUCACGCAAGGUUGGCCGUCUCCACGAGGGGUUGAUCCGCUCGGAUGAAGCACGACGAGAGGAAGCGGACCUGAUCGCGCUGGAUCGAUUGAAUGGAUUGAUCUCGAUCGAGGAUGGACUUGAACGUCUUGAGCGUGCGGGAUCAGUGGGCAAGGUCAACGAGUUCGAGGUUGAGUUGUAUAUUCCAGCGGAUGACUCAUGGACCUACAGCAGAGCACAAGGCUUGCGACUUGCACGAGUUCUUGGUGCCGUGAUCGAAUCAGGUACAGAUCAAGCGACUGCGGAUCGGGUCCUGGAACUGAUCGAUGUUGCUCGCGGGCAGAUCGGUGAGGACCAAGGCGAUGGGAUCACAGCGGCUGAUGCGUUGGAUCAGAUCGAAGUGGUUGCUCGUCCGACGGGCACUGCGUUCUCGAUGGACUCAUACGAACAGCUGGUUCGCAGACUGCACCGAGAGCGUGGCUUAGACAAUCCUGAUCAAGCGAAUCAGAUCCUGACCAUCGCGAUGCAGUCGAUGAUGCGUGGGACUUCUCCGAGUCAGGCGCUGGAACUGCUGAGCCGAUUAUCAAUCGACGAUGACGGGAUGCUCGAUCAAGUGAUGACGAGCGAUCUUGCUUCAUUGAUGGGGCAGAUGGGUUCGGCGGAAGAUCUACAAGCGGCGGUCACGCGGUUUGAUGAUGCGGGGCUCCUCAUCGAAGCUCGGGAUCGUGUUGUUGAAGGGCUGGGGACACUCAAUGAGGGAUCACUCACGGGCGCCGAGGAUCCGGAUGGGGUGGUCGCGGAUCUGGUGUACUCGAUCGCGGUGGUUGCUUCCUUCUAUGACCGAAAGAGCGAUGCUCGAGAGAUGUACCGACUCGCGUUGAGUUACGACGAACUGCAUGCAUGGGCGAACAACGAUCUCGGCUACGGCAUGGUUGAGGACGGCGAGGAUCUCGAAGAAGCACAAAGGCUGCUUGAGAUCGCGCAUGCAUCUGAACCAGGUACGGCGAGUAUCACUGACUCGCUCGCAUGGGCGCGGUACGCGAUGGGGAUCUUUGAGGAUGAACUCAAUGAUGAGGGUCAAGUUGUUCGUCAGGGUGCUCGAUCAUUGCUUGUGGAAGCGGUGAAACUGGACGAUUCCAACGCGACGAUCCAUGACCAUCUUGGGGAUACGCUCUGGAUGCUGGCGCGGUUCGACGAAGCAAUGAGUGCUUGGCUCGAAGCGGAGGAUCGAUUGCGUGAUCGGCUCACGGAGAUCUCAGAUCAGCAGACCAACGCGCGUGCCGUGGAUAUGUUGAGAGACGAACUGAGUUUGAUCCGAUUCAAGAUCACGGCGCGUCAAGACAAUAAGAAGGGCAAGAUCUGGUCCAAGUGUUCCAAGGCGAUCAUGGCUGCGGCUCGUGCUGGAGGUGGAGAUCCUGAUACGAACCUCGCUCUGCGCUACGCGAUCGACGAGGCGAAGUACGAGAACAUGCCCAAGGACACGAUCAAACGCGCCAUUGAUAAGGGCGCUGGUGAAACGGGCGGCGCGGACUUCCAGGAGCUCGUCUACGAAGGCUACGCGCCAGGAGGCACAGCGGUGCUGAUCCUCGCGCUGACGGACAACAACACACGCACGGUCGGUGAUGUUCGCACAAGCUUCAAGAAGGGCGGCGGCUCGAUGGGCAACGCGGGGACCGUCGCGUUCAUGUUCCAGACCAAGGGGCAGAUCAUCGUCGAUGCGAACAAGUACGGCGAGGAUCAGAUCAUGGAGGUCGCGCUCGAGAGCGGCGCCGAUGAUGUGGAAUCCCCUGAAGCGGACGGCGACGACAAGGGUGUCUGGACGAUCGUGACCGAACCCAGCGAGUUCCAGGGAUGCAAGGAAGCGCUCGAGGGGGCCGGCAUCGAAAUCAUGGAAGCGACCAUCGCGCGGAUCCCUGACAAUACGGUCGAGGUGACGGGCGACGAUGUCCAGAAGGUCAUGAACCUGAUCGAGACGCUCGAAGACCUCGACGAUGUUCAGAAGGUCUACACCAACGCGGACGCAUUGGUUCAACGCUCAGAGUUUCGAUUUAUUGUAUGGUUUGUCGCAGUUAACCCCGAAUUUUUUGCAGAUGGGGUGGUCGUGUUUGCAGUUGGGUCGUGCGGAGCAUGCGUAGCGGCCGUGGAAGACGAGGGCGUGUCCGAGUUCGGACCAGCGGGGUCUUGGGAAGAGGGCCAUGAGGAGUUUCUCGACCUUUGCGGUGUCCAUCUUGGGUUCGUCGACGAAUCCCAGACGCCACGCGAGGCGCUGGAUGUGGGUGUCGACUGUGAAUCCGACGUUGAUCCCGAACGCGUUUCCGAGGACGACAUUGGCGGUUUUGCGCGCGACGCCUCGGAGCGUGAGGAGUUCUUCCAUGGUGCUGGGGACCUCUCCAUCGAAGUCGUUGACGACGGAGGUCAUGGACGCGUGGAUGGAUUUGGCUUUGUUGCGGAAGAGGCCGAUGGUUUUGAUGUACGGCUCGAUCUUCUCUGGGGUCGAGGCGGCGUAGUCGGCUGGGGUCGGGAACGCUUUGAAGAGUCCGGGGGUCGCUUUGUUGACUCCCGCAUCGGUGGACUGGGCGCUGAGGAUGGUCGCGAUGAGGAGCUCGUGGGGGGUGGAGAAGGUCAGCGCGCAGUGGGCAUCGGGGUAGUGCUUGCGGAGGGCGUUGGCGACUUUGAGUGCUCGGCUGCGUUCUUCUGCGGUGACCUCUGGGAGCGCGAAGGGGAUGUCUUUGAGUCCUCUUGGAUUGUCCUUGCCUUUGGGGUGUUGUUUGGCAUCACGUAUUCGUUUGAUUCUGAUGACAUGGGCUGGGGGACUGUUUCCGACGCGACCGGCUUUAUGUGGGACGGCACGAUCGGUAAUGGUGGCCUCGGCGCCAUACGCGCUCGGGAUGUCGUCGGCGGGGACAUCUGGUACUUCAGUGCUCCAGCGGGUGAUCUGGGGAAUCUGUCCGGCUUGUACGGCAACUCGAUCAGCUACGACCUCCUGGGACUCACUGGGAAUCAGGCGCUCGGCGGCGAUCGUGCGGAUGUCAUGAUCAGCGGCGCGGGAAUGACAAUCGGGAUCGACUUUGGUGUCCAGCCCGUCUUGGAUCAAUGGAUCUCGGCGUCGACUAUUGUGUCGGCUGAUCUUGAUUGGCGGAUCGUCAAUGAUUUCGCGGAUGGCGCAUUAUCUGGGACAGAUGCGACGAUCGCUGACAUUCAAGCCGUGCUCGCGGAUGUGACUGGACUGUACAUUCGCGGCGAAUACACCAACGGCGGUGACGCGAUGGCACUGGAUAAUGUGAACUAUGUUCCGAGUCCGGGUGCUCUGUCGAUGCUCUCGGUUGCUGGUCUGCUGAUCGCACGCAGACGGCGCUGA